GGCACGACGAACUUAUCAUCAACAGGCUUGACAACAAACCGGCCGUGGCAACUCUCUUGCCAAGUUGAACAAAUCGAAUGAACGCGAUGUGUGGCCACCCAUCUGAGAAGAAAGAGAGAUUGAACUCUGCGAGUGGCUGAAAUGGAAGAUGAUAACCGAGGUGGCCUGCCAGAUUGUUUCUGAGCAGAGAGAGAUGCCAAGCAGCCGGACUGAGAUGAUGAUAUUGUUCAAUUUCAAUGGCCAUUGUAUUAAUGGUAGCAGUUAGUCAGGCGGCUACCGGCGCAUGCAAAGUCUCUCCUAUACUCUUCAGCCCUGCGUGUCACAUCACCAAGAAGGAUUCAUGCACUAGAGUGUUAUUCGCCACGCACUUUUCAAGCGAGGGAUGUACACUAGGUGUGAAGAGGAAAGCCCUACAAGAGUAUGCAGAACACAGCGGCAUCAUUGCGGCGCGAUGCAAGAUACGAGACAUGAACGGACGGACGAGGUUUCCAAAGAUUCCACGUAUAACGAAGAGCAACGAACAAAUGGACGAACGAAGGCAUACAACAUCUCUCUGUCUAAACAUCUCUACUGUUUGCAUCUUACAUUCCCAUUGCCUUGAAAGCUCAUGUUCCUGUCAAUGAUCGUAUAGAUGGACCACAGAAGCUCAAUUGACUUUGCCAGGCAACAAGAUGUUUCGCAUCAGAAAUUGCUGCUCGAUCUGAAU